UCAAAAACUGGGUCAGAUUUCAGAAAAGGCUGGAGACACCCUUUAAUAAGAUUUUUAUUUUAACUUGGUAAGGAUUAACAUUCUUCUAUUUUGCCAGCCACUAGAAGAUGUUGUUGCUCAGCUCACUGAAUAGAAAGAUUCCAUUGCUGUAUAUGCAGGGUGUCCAGAUCUUCAAGGCACGGUAUGAACAGGUUUGAGACUCUAGUUUAGUUUUUGUUUAUAGCUAAAUUUCAACUGAAUUCUAAUGAAAGAUAUGAAGUGUUUCAGUGUAAGAGGGUUUUCUAAUACGUUUAAGUGUUUUUGGGUUUAGUCUCAGGCAGUUGUACUAUUAGAUGUCUGAUCUAAAUGAGUAAUUUAAAAAAAAAUGUAAGCAUUUGUUAAAGUUGAUCCAGUUCAGUCUAUGCUUUAAUGCCAGAGGCCACUUCUUUUAAAAAACAUGUUAAGCAUAUUCUGCAGCUGCAAAGUCAAUUCAGUUGUUGUCUGACUUAUUAAGUGUAAAUAGAGGAUGGUGGUUGAGCAAAUUAAUGAAUAGAUGUGGUAGUGAAAAAGUCUUCAGUGCCGGAGAGUUAAAAAACAGCAGCUACCGUGCACUAAAAGCUGACUUUAUAAGAAUAAAUAUUCCUGAUAACUGUGCUAUACUUUUGUAUACAGAGAGCACAAUGAUCAAACUUCAUGAAAUUAUUAGUAUACUGUUUUCUAUCUUCUGUACAGUUUUAGAUUUGACACACUGAGGCUGGUUUAACAGCAGACAAGUGCUCAGAAUGCACAAACAUGUUUUUGUCAAAGUGCAUAAAACUUUCAUACCACUAGAUGGGGAUCUUUACUCUUUUUUGUAGCUCUCAUGAGCUGAUGACUCUAUGUGAUGGAAUCCCCAUGUUCAGAACAAUAGGAAAUAGUCAGUCAUUGAAUAGUCAGUGUUGUCAGGCUUAGUAAUAUACAGUAGAUAUGAUGCGCAUUUUGUACAUGUGUGAAUGUGACAGGAAAAAAAUCUGGAAUGAUUUUACUGAGAAACUUUAGUUGCAUUUAGUGUGUCUGGAGAGUUUUUUUUUUUUUUUAAACAAACAAAUUAGAGCUUACAUGAGCAUGCACUGUAUCAGUUGUUAUGAAAUGUCAGAGUUUAAGGGACAACAACUGAACAUCAAUGACAGUCUGUUUUACAGUUCAUCGAUGAGUUUGCCUACAGCACGACGCAUCAGUAAAGCCAAGUUAAAGUGAAGUUUUGAAAAAGCAAAUUGUUGGUAAAGCAAAAUAGAAAUAUUAACGCCAAUUGUUUUAUUUGGUAAUGCUCCAUAAACAUUUUGGAUUCAGGAAGUAAAGGGGAGAAAGUUGUCCACAUACUAAUCAUGGGUUGCAUUACCAGUUCUUGCAAGCCAUUGGUCGUCACUAUUUAUAAUACUUGAUGUCAGGCGGACCGGUGCUCUGUGUGUUUAGGCUGUCUGUCUUCCGUCUGAGUUUUCCAGCAAAGAAGAUUGAGAGUUCAUUAGGCAGCUUACACACUAAGCUGGUUUCUUCUCCUCUCUGACCAUUCUGUAUUCCUUGUCUUUAUUCCUUACCUGCCGUUCAUCUGGAUCCUCUGUGUUUUCUCUUGCUCCGUUACUUCCUCAUGAUAUCCAGUGUAUCUAGUUGCUAUUUUUAGGUGAGUGGAAAAAACUUUUGUCCUUCACUCACCUUGGCGCUCAGCUGGCGGGCUGUACUCGCUCUCCAGGCUCGCUGGCUGUCAUGUUAGCUCCACACUUUGAUCUGCAAUGCCCUCCUCGAUGGCUGUUUUUCCCUGCGUUGGAUACAGGAAGCUCAUUCCCUGGUUGCUAGGGCAACCAAGAAGGAUGGCCCCCAGCAGGAGUCGGGGAAGCCUUGGGCUGCCUUUCAGCUUGUCGCUGUGCAGUAUGCCCGCUGACCUGCCGUGGGCUGGGAGGAGGAGCCAACUCUGCAGAGGAGCCUCUCCCGGCCCAGUAUGGGUCCUGCUGCCCCGCUACCCUACGGUGAGACACAGCUCCAGCAUUAGAGCUAGUGCUCCUCCCUCCCUCUGCUGGCCACUGCACAGCUCUGACACGCUCUGCUCCAGUAGUAGCAGGAGCACAGGCAGCAAGAUGUCAUCCUCUUCCUCCUCCUCCUCCUCCAACAGCAACGAUGGACAAGGAAAGCCUAAACCUAAAUCCCCAUUUCGCAAGAGGGGCAGUCUGCAGAGCACCACCAGCCCUGACUUGUGUGGUGCAUCCAUCCCCAAGCCCCUCAAGCCUCAGAGAUCCCUUCCAGGGACGCCUGUUUCUAUCACACAAUACCCAAUCGACCUGCGGACAUCCAUGGAAGAAAAGUACAAAGAGAUUGCUGAGGAGCUGUUCUCACGCAGCAUGGCGGAGAGCGAGAUGCGAAGUGCUCCGUACGAGUUCCCGGAGGACAGUCCCAUCGAACAGCUGGAAGAGCGACGGCACCGCCUAGAGAGGCAGAUCAGCCAGGACAUUAAGCUUGAGCCAGAGAUCUUGCUCCGCGCCAAACAGGACUUCAUGAAAAUCGACAGUGCUCCAGACCUAGAGUUGAUGAAAGAGAAGAGUGUGGACACUGUUGACGAUGGCUUUAUGGAGAGGGCGAUGCCAAUGGAGAAAGAGUACCAGCGGGUCUCAAUAUCUGGAGAGGAAAAGUGUGGGGUGCCCUUUACUGACCUGGUUGAUGCUGCAAAGUGUGUUGUGAAGGCAUUGUUCAUCCGGGAGAAGUAUAUAAAUCGAUCUAUGCAGAACUUUUGUAAGACCACGACUCAUGCCCUGCUGGAGCUCGGGAUGAAACCUCUGGAUCUGAGAGUCUAUGAGGAUAUACCAGAGACCCCGGUAGAUGCUGAUGCUCCCGUCCACCCGCCUGUUUCAGAGACACAUCCCUAUGACAAUCAAGACCCCAAGAACAUGCCAGCAGACACCGGAUAUGGUUGCAAGAUGGUGGAUGGAGUGGUCCAUGUCUACACCAAGAAAACGAACAUGGAUAAAAGUGCAGAACUGGACCUGCCCUAUCCUGACCUGAAGGAGUAUAUUGCAGACAUGAAUGUGAUGAUGGCCCUUAUUAUCAAUGGGCCAGUGAAAUCCUUCUGCUACCGCCGCCUACAGUACCUAAGCUCUAAAUUCCAGAUGCACAUCCUCCUGAAUGAGAUGAAGGAGUUGGCAGCUCAGAAGAAAGUCCCGCACAGAGACUUCUACAACAUACGAAAGGUGGACACACACAUACAUGCAUCAUCCUGCAUGAAUCAAAAGCACCUGCUGCGAUUCAUCAAGAGAGCCAUGAAGAAAUACCCUGGGGAGAUCGUGCACAUUGAGCGCGGCCGCGGUCAGACCCUCAAGGAGGUGUUUGAGACCAUGAACCUGACGGCCUUCGACCUGAGCGUAGACACUCUCGACAUGCAUGCGGACCGUAACACAUUCCACCGGUUUGACAAGUUCAACGCCAAAUACAACCCCAUUGGAGAAUCCAUCCUCAGAGAGAUCUUCAUCAAGACUGACAACCACAUUGAAGGAAAAUACUUUGCACACAUAAUCAAGGAGGUGAUGUAUGACUUGGAGGAGAGUAAGUACCAGAACUCGGAGCUACGUCUGUCCAUCUACGGUCGCUCCCGGGACGAGUGGGACAAGUUGGCUCAGUGGGCCGUCAAACAUCGAGUGUACUCUGAUAAUGUGCGCUGGCUUAUCCAGGUGCCCCGACUGUUUGAUGUGUACCACACAAAAAAGCAGCUGGCUAAUUUCCAGGAGAUGCUGGAGAACAUCUUCAUGCCUCUGUUUGAAGUCACGAUCAACCCCCGCAGUCACCCCGAGCUUCACCUCUUCCUGGAGCAUGUGGUGGGCUUCGACAGCGUGGACGAUGAGUCUAAACCAGAGCACCACAUUUUCAAUCUGGACAGUCCGCUGCCAGUCGACUGGACAGAAGAAGACAACCCUCCCUACUCCUACUACCUCUACUACACCUAUGCCAACAUGACUGUGCUCAACCACCUGCGAAGGCGGCGAGGCCUCCACAUGUUUGUGCUGCGACCUCACUGCGGGGAAGCCGGGCCGAUCCACCACCUGGUGUCAGGUUUCAUGCUAUCAGAGAACAUUUCCCAUGGACUGCUGCUCAGAAAGGCCCCAGUGUUGCAGUAUCUCUACUACCUGGCUCAAGUUGGGAUCGCCAUGUCACCAUUGAGUAACAACAGCCUCUUCCUCAGCUACCAUCGUAACCCGCUGCCGGAGUACCUGUCCAGAGGCCUCAUGGUGUCUCUGUCCACUGACGAUCCGCUUCAGUUCCACUUCACCAAGGAGCCUCUGAUGGAGGAGUACAGCAUUGCUACUCAGGUGUGGAAGCUGAGUUCCUGUGACAUGUGUGAGCUGGCUAGAAACAGUGUCCUCAUGAGCGGGUUUUCACACAAGGCCAAAAGCUACUGGCUGGGCCCCAGUUAUGCAAGGGAGGGCCCCGAGAGCAACGACAUCCGCCGUACCAACGUCCCCGAUAUCCGCGUGGCAUACCGCAGCGAGACGCUCUCGGAGGAGCUUCAGCUCAUCACUCACGCCGUGCGCACCGAAGAGCUGGACACUAUUGACGAGGAGGACUCUCUGUCCAUGGGCCCUCUGCCGGCGGGAGGACGCUAGAAUCACAAUUGCCUGAACCUGCCCUGUAAAUCUCCAACCCCGCACUCCACCUAGCAUGACACCGGAGAGUGGCGGCGUGAUAGUAAUUCUGUUGUUCAUCCUGUAUACAGCGUAAACGCCACACAACAACACCAUAGAAGUAUGUUGCACACUGAAGCCAAGGAUACGGUUCUGCCAGAGCACAUCGGCUUCAAUGUUCCUCUUUUGUCCGUGUCAUUUUUAAGGUUAAUUCCAUUUUAUUGUUCAAUUUUUAGAUUUAUAAUGCAGGUUUCCCCAGCUCUCCUGUUGUUGUUCUCUCUGAUGUGUUCAGUGUGAGAGAGACCACCAGCACGGCUUUUUGUGAAUGAACAGCAGGGAAACGCUGACCAGAGAUACAUUUUUUCCAUUUCUUAUGUAAAGAGUUUGACUCCAUCCUGUCCAGCCGAAGCCAUCAGAUGAUCCCCGCUGUAGUUUGUUGUUAUUCAGCGAUUAGUUUUACUUCAUCAGAGACUUUAAACAGCAUGUAGUAUCUCUGUAGCAUCUGUGUACUACAGAAAACAACCAGCACAUUGAAACCUUCUCCACAGCUGCUCUGAACGUAGCUUCCACUGUUCAGUCAUGCUGCUUAACUUAACUUAAUGCAUCUAUCAUCUUCAUUAUACACACAUAUAAUGAAGGGUCCCAGGUGCAUUUUUGUUGAAAGAAUGCAGUCUAGCGAUUGCUGAAGGUUUUACACUUCUUCAGGGAGAGGAUAGCUUCUCUCUGAAUGCUGCAGCACUGAAUAUCGGCCAUGCACGCUGCUUGGCGUGGUUUCAGAUCAUUUAUUUGCCAAAUUGCACACAGAAUGGUUCUUCCAUGACUUUAAUCAGCUCAGAGUCGAGUCAGGACAGAAGCACACUUCCUGUGGCUGAAUGCAAAACAUUCCAUGACGCAAAACUGUCCUCUUCGGCUGCGAAUGAGCUCCAGUAAAUGUUCAAAAUCAUCUUGAUCUGGUGGGAUGUUUGUGAAGGAUGUAAAGGGAGGAAUGUACGUUGUAAAGUUGAAUCACAGCACAAAUGAAUGUGGAUGAAUUCAGCAUCGUCCGAGGAGAACGCCCCCACUGUUACCUCGCUGUAGCUGUGAAGAUGUGGGCCUGAUUUCACUCAUUCCUUCCCACUGAGGACAAAUUAGAACGUUUUUCCCCUUUGCAUGCAGUGCACUGUACAUAUGCACUAAGCCAAGACUCCCCAGUGCCUUUUCAUUUUCAGCUUUGGGCGCUGCCUGCCCAGUUUUUGUCUUGCAUCAAGCAUUACGCCUCUUCUCCUCACUCACAUACAGUAGUAGGCCUCCAUGCUGCUUUAAUAUCCACACCAACGGAACUGAAAGCACCUCGCUGCACGCUUGGUGUAAAAUACUUUGGCCUUGGCCUUUGUUUGAGGAGGGAAGCUGGUUUGUUUCUAGUCCUCUCCUUUACAAGUGCUUUUUUUGCAUGCCUGCAUGAAUAAUGAUCAGCAGGAGAGAAUGAGUGAAGCUGUGAUGUAAAGCAUCUUACCUAAUUCAGGGCUGCCGACCAGCUUUCGAGUCUGAAAUCUGUUUCUGUGAACAAACAGAUUUAAACUCAUCGUUCACCAUGUAGAAAUGAGCAAACCAUGCUGGGACAUGGUUAAGACUGUUGCAUGGUUCUUGUAGCAUUUUAUUUUUCCUGAUCAAAGCUGGGAUCACGUUUCGUAUUGUACGCUCAUCAUGUUAUUACAUCCUGCCAAUGGAUACAGUCCUACUUCCCAUCAAACUGUGAGCCUUCUUCUUCUUCAACAGAGACGCUAACUUUAAGUAAUAUUUGAUGCCAAGAUUAGCAGAGUGAAUCAGAAAAAGUCCGCCUUUAUUUGAAUAACCAAGUUUAAUGUAUUAGUAUAUAUACUGUACAUGUUUGCUUUAUAGAUGAGUAGGAUAAAUGAUGAAACUCGUCUUUGUUCAGCAAGAAUACAGUAGCUUCAAAGUGUUCAGGGGAUGCACAGGAGAUGUGCACUGAACACGCCAAAUUUGUGUUGGAUUUCAUGUAUAAAGUGUAUUUUUUUAAAGGCAAUAUAGAGAUAAGAGAUUUUAUAUUCACACUAUAUUGAUGUCAAGGUUUAACACUUAGUUUUGUUGCUGUUGGGUCAUCGUGAACUGGCAUUAUGUCAUAAAAAUAGUUUUCCAAUACAGUUUUAUUGUUGUUUGCCUUUUUAAUUUGUUAAUUCGACAUUUCAGUGUCUAUUCUGCCUAUUUUUUUUUCUUCACACCUCAUUUUUUAUUCCUGAUCAUUCUCGGCUCAUUGCUAUAGUGCACCUAUUGCACCAAUGAUAGAUACCUCUUACUAUACAGUCAAAGCUGUCUCUACCAUCAGAAACCACCGGCACGCACAAUGAAAAAAACCCUAAUUUAAAAGUCACAUUUCUGUUUGUGUCCUAAUCCGUCUGAUAUAAUCAGACUGAAGCACAAAUUAUAAUCAUGUCUAAUGUUUAAUUUUAUUAUUGGCUUUUCCUUGUUUGAUUGUUUUAAAAACCGUCUGUUGACUACUUUAGAACAUUUUUAAGAUGGUUAUAGAAAUAAGAAUGGUUUGAUGAUGACAGACCCUGCUGUGUUUUGUUCUCACGUUUCACACUUUGUGUCCACUUCACGUCACCUUAAACAGUCACCACAGAGCCACUUCACUGUGCACUCACCUCAUAGUGGACCCUACCUCAUAAAUACUAAUCUCUGUCAUGUUGAUGCUGUGCUCAACCACAGCAAGUACACAGCCGAUGAUUAUUUUCAGUAUUGGUUCAUCCGCUGAGCGUUUUCUGGAUUAAUCGAGGAAUUGUUUGGCCUGCAAACUGUCAAAAACUAGUUAAAAGGUCCAUUUUAAUUCUCUUUUGUGCAUGAAUUAUUGAUGUAUUCAGAUUUUUUGUUUCUUCCAGCUGAAUGUCCAACAGUAUUUGCUUUAGCAUUGUGAGACAGAGCAACAAAUCCUCACUUCUGAGAAGCUUGAAUGACUAAACUCUAGUCAUCCUCACUUUGAUUACGUCUUUGUCAAACAAAUUAUUGUUUAAUCCCAGUAAGUAACUACACAUGAGAAGAGAUUCACAAGAGAUAUAACAUCCAAGACCAUUUACGGUACCGUGCUUUUUUUGAAUGUCAACACACAACAGACGUUUGUUAUAAGUGUCCUGAUGCUCACACUCAAGAUAUUUCCAUGUCCAGCUGAUGUUUCUCUCAUGAAGUAUCUUUGUUUUUACACCGUCUGGCACUUUUUUGAUUUACAGUUUGAAUUCUGCCUACUUUUCUGUCCACUGAACUGUAGCCAUAUUAUUGCCUGAAACUGAUUGCCAGUGUUUAACAGACGCCUCUGAUAAGGUUCAUGUGUAAAGUCUGAACAAUAAAAUAAAGCAUGUUAAUUCACGAA